GCACACAUGACAGAAGAAGUGAGUCACUUUUUUGUUUUGAUUUAACUAUAUUCGGCGUGUUACUGAUGAAAACGUUAAGUUUAGGUGAUCAAAAAUAUUUUGAAAUAAAAUAUAAGUAAAAGUAAUUAUUUCCAUUGCGAGCCGGUGUAGAAAAAACAUCUUCAACUCAUUAAUUAUUUAAUUUCUGGAUCUAAACUGCCAUGGAAGUGCCUUUGGACUCGCAAGAACAAGAAAUUCCUGAAAUCAAGUAUGAAUAUUUGGAUCACACCGCAGAUGUUCAAUUACACGCAUGGGGCGAAACACUGAAAGAAGCUUUCGAGCAAUGCGGGAUGGCCAUGUUUGGCUACAUGACGGAACUACCGACGGUGGACAUUAAAACAUGCUACGAAAUCAAAACCGAGCCUACAGAUGAUUUAGAAAAUCUACUAUUUCGCUUUCUGGACGAGUUGCUGUUUCUAUUUUCGGCAGAACCAUUUCUGAUUUGUAAAAAAUUAGAGAUCACCAAGUUUGACACGGAAAAUUUCUACAUCGAAUGCCGCUGCUACGGGGAGGAAUUCGACCUCAGUAAACAUCCUCAGGGGACGGAAGUGAAAGCGAUCACCUACUCGGCUAUGAAGAUUUAUCAGAACAUUGAGCCGAACAGAAGUGAAGUGUUUGUUAUCAUAGACAUUUAAGAACUAUUGAAUUGUUUGUAAAAAAUAAUUGACUUAUAUAACUAUAAAAGAUAAAUGAUUUUUACAUAACAUAAUA